ACGGCGAUAACGUAUGCAGGUCGGGUGGGAAUGUGUAGUGCAACCAACUGCUGGUUAUCUCUUAAGUGGGCGCCUUCAGAUAGAAGAACGUUAUAUAACACCGUACAUUUUGGUUCGAGGUGUGACAGCGAUUCAACUAUGAUCCGCUUCGUCAGUUUCGCCUUGUUGGUUUUGACUGGGUACGCGUGUGGGUAUGUGCACCCCACCUCCACCACCACACCCUUCCCACGCGGGAACCUCAAGGGCAGGAUGGACCAGUUCAAUGUCCGGAUGGAGGAGAUCAUGGCGCAGAUAAUGAUGCAGCAGUUGUACGUUGAGGAAAGAAUCCGAUCUGACGGGCAGUCUGGCAUCAAACAGAUCAGACAAUACCAUGACGGCUCAAGACCCUAUUAUUCUGAGACGCACACAUACAGUGGUGCUUCUGCUGUGCACGACCAUUCCAACUAUGAUCGCACCGUUGGAAUGGGGGAAGUCAACAUGGUCAUGAACGGCGUUGACUUCAAAACAAGGCACAACGACUACAAACUGCGCAUGCCCAGCACGAAAUCUUCAGCGUACCAGGCAACUGAGGACAUUCCGUUCCCUGGUGUUCCACCGGAAGUGACGUCUAAGAAAACACUCCCUCAACAGGUGGCGGAAAUGAAAGAAUGGUUCCGAGCCUGGAAAGAUCAGAACCACAACACUCGAGACUACAGGAAGUACUUUAAACCCGUCCUGUGUUACAUGGAAGGAGCAUGGACCAUGGACACCACCUUCUCUGAGCCCUUCAGCAGCGACCGACACGCCAUCGACGCAACCAGCUGGAAGGAUCUUCAGGAUAAGGUUAUAUUCACAUCCUAUACCGGAAGCAAGAGCGUCAAGGAGAACUUCGCCUUCCUCCCUUCUACCAUGAUUGAAGUGGAACACGGCACGCCCAAGUUCGCCCAGUGGAACUACCGUAUUCUGUGCCAUCCACUGAAGAGAGACAUUCCCUUGAAGUACCUCCAUCUCCAAGAUGACCUGUCGGCUAGAUUUGCUCAUGGUCUGACCAUGGAUGCAUACUUUCGAAAUGGAUCAGCACGAUUUUCUCUCUACGAUGAGAAUGGCGGGAAGAACUACUCGCUCAUGGACGAGUUGAUGAGCCAAAUUCCCGGCAAGAACAACUACCACGCCAAUCUGAAGGAGGACGUCUUCGGCGAGCUACUGUACGACGCCUCAAAGACUGACAACACACCCCUUAACACAGCUUACUACCACCGGUGGUACAAGGUGGGGAAAAGUGGAUCGAAACAACAGGUGCUGCACCGUGGUUUCUCCGACCGGAACAUAUGGGUUGCGCAGACCAACCAGCCCCGCGUAGCGCCCAUGGGCGUAGAGCAUUGUACCGUCGACCAUGUCACUAAAAACAAGACGUGCAAGUCCUGGAGCCGGCGCUACACGUACGCCGUACCCCUCGAGGUGAUCUACAUGAACCCCGUGUUGAGCUGGAACCCACUCAACCUGGAGUUCUGGCCAAAGGGAUCACAGGCUCCCGACAAACGGAGGGUGGGAGGCCACACGCCCCAAACGGCAUACAACGGUACAAGGUACUCUGCUUUCUACCACACACCUCCUGCAAUGUUCACCACCAAGAGCACUGUUGGGGUGCUGGACAAACACAGUAAGGUGCAACAAGUGGUUGCUUCUGGCACUAGGGUCGUCCUUCCCGAUAUCCCGGGGGUAGGGAAACUCAGGAUGCGGUACCCCAUCGUGCCUGUCCAUGGAGAGGGUUCUGGCGUGUGGAAGGAACUUGACGCCCUCAAGGACAUGGUGAUGGACAUGGAAAAGUACAAGGGACUCUUUGAAAAUCCUCUUACUCUCUCCGGCUCAAACAAAGCUAGCCACCCCGUAAAGAUGACGUUGCACCUGAGAACCGGCGUCGCAACCAAGGAUCCACCUGGUCCACACGUCCAUGACAUCUUCUUGUCCCACGACGUUCAGGAUACCUUGAAAUCUGGACGGCACGUAACGAUGUUCACAGGCGAAGCUCUAGGUCACACCCAUCAGGUGCUGCUAGACUACAACGCCACGUACAGCAUCGUACAGUGUGACGGACGCCCGCACUGCUGGGACGGCCAUCCUGCCAGUUUGCAUCAAGUGUGAGCUGUUAACGUGGACUAGCAUCCUGAUGAAGUUCUGAAUAAAGCACAUGCUAAAACUAA